ACCAAUAUAUAAAUAUAAAUGAAAAGAAAUAUCAAAAACAAAUACUACUACACUCCCUCCCUCUCAGAUCCCUCUCCCUACAUUCUUGUUGUAUCAAAGCAUUCGGAAGUAAAAGAUGGAGGGAGAGAAAUGGGUGUUGAUGGUGACGGCGAAAACGCCGACGAACAUAGCAGUGAUAAAAUACUGGGGGAAAAGAGACGAAACAUUGAUAUUACCGAUCAAUGAUAGUAUCAGUGUAACUCUGGAUCCAAAUCAUUUGUGUACCACAACUACUGUUUCUGUUUCCCCUUCCUUUCCACAUGAUCGCAUGUGGCUCAACGCCAAGGAGAUAUCUCUUCAAGGAGGUAGAUUCCAGAGUUGUCUAAGAGAAAUCCGUGCUCGGGCACAAGAUGUAGAGGAUGAGAAGAAAGGUAUUAAGAUCAAGAAAGAAGAUUGGCAGAAACUUCAUCUGCAUAUUGCUUCUUACAAUAACUUCCCGACGGCUGCUGGUCUGGCUUCCUCGGCAGCUGGUCUUGCUUGCCUAGUUUUUUCCCUUGCCAAGUUGAUGAACUUGAAAGAAGAUAACAGCCAACUUUCUGCUAUUGCUAGGCAAGGCUCAGGUAGUGCUUGUCGCAGUUUAUAUGGUGGAUUUGUCAAGUGGACCAUGGGCAAAGAGGAGAAUGGCAGUGACAGUCUUGCUGUUCAACUUGCAGAUGAGAAACAUUGGGAUGAACUAGUAAUUAUCAUUGCUGUGGUAUGUGCCCAACAGAAGGAAACCAGCAGCACCUCAGGAAUGCGUGAUACUGUUGAAACUAGUGCGCUUAUUAAACAUAGAGCCAAGGAAGUUGUGCCAAAGCGGAUAGUCCAAAUGGAAGAAGCCAUACAAAACCGUGAUUUCUCAUCUUUUGCACGUUUAGCGUGUACAGACAGCAAUCAGUUUCAUGCCGUCUGUCUUGACACAUACCCCCCUAUAUUUUACAUGAAUGAUACAUCCCAUAGGAUAAUCAGUUGUGUCGAGAAAUGGAAUCGUGCAGAAGGAACACCUCAGGUGGCCUAUACCUUUGAUGCAGGGCCAAAUGCCGUUAUGAUUGCGCGUAACAGGAAAACUGCUGCCCUUCUGCUCCAGAGGCUGCUUUAUAACUUCCCUCCACAGUCUGAUACUGCUUUAGACAGCUACAUAAUUGGUGACAAGUCAAUACUAGGAGAUGCUGGGAUUAAGGACAUUAAAGAUGUCGAAGCUUUGCCCCCUCCCCCGGAAAUCAAAGAUAACAUGCCGACCCAAAAAUCCAAGGGAGAUGUUAGUUAUUUUAUCUGCACGAGGCCUGGUGGUGGUCCGGUUGUGAUGUCUGACGAAACUCUCGCUCUCCUGGAUCCACUCACUGGCUUACCAAAGUAAAAAAUAAAUGCAUUGGGACAACCUGUUUAUUUCUUUGUAUUUCAUCCAUUUUUUUUUCUGAGAUUUGAAAGUUUUAGAUUGGAGUUUGUUGAGUAGAGGCUAAAUAGAGCUGUUUAAUAUUAAAUUAUAAGCUAUAUGUUAUAUGCACCCACACAUGUUUCAAGUUAAUAAAUUGAUCUUUUAUGACUUUCUCA